AUUAUCUUCGAUCCGUGGGAGGAGGGGUUCCUAGAAACCGCCUCCCACUUGAGCGCUGCUCGCUUCUGAUCCAAAUACACACGACGCCUCCAUGUUGGAAAGAGUAUAGAGGGGGGAUACAAUUAUUUUUUGAAAAUGAAGAGAGUUCAAGAAACGGGAUUAUCGGAACUGUUUCAUUUUUCAUAUUGAAACUUGACCGAGGAGAGAGAGUUUUUUUUUUUUUUUUUCCAAUCGUCGUUUCAUCAUUGUUUCAGUCAAAACGUCAAUUUUUUAUUUAUUUAUUUUUUAUUAUGUUGAAUUGAACACUGAUCAGUUUAAGGCUAGCUCUAGUUGCUAAGCCAGACGUUAGCAACGUUUUCUUCUUCUUCUUUUUGAGUUCAACGUUGGGAGUUUGUUUUGCCCAUAUUGUUCUUAAAUGUUGCUUACUAAAUUGGAAUAUUCCCAGCGAUUGACAAGUGGUUGUAUUUUGUCUUUAAACCACUAGCUAGUUUACAUUUUGCCCCCUCCUGUGUCCCGUCUCAGUCCAGCUAGUUUAGGGCCCGGCUGCCAUUUCAACACAGCUAGCAAGGCAGCUAACGUUACCCAUUGUGGACUAGGACAAGCAAGUAAAAUAAACAUUUUAAAACGAACCAACAAAAAAACAACAAAGGAAUAACCAUCCGUCGCAAUGGAUCACACGUCUAUAAUAACCCAGGUUUCCAACCCCAAAGAAGAGGAGAUUAUCUCGUUUAAUCAGGAAAAAGUCUCCCAGUCCAACAGCAGUGUGAAGAAGCAGAGGAGUCCAGGCAUCUUCAGUACGUUCUUCUGUUGCUUUAGGAACUACAAUGUGGAGCCUCCUGCCUCCAACAACACAACCACCUCCCUGCCUCCAGCCCCAGAGGAGAAUGGGACACAACCAAAGUUUGACCAGGUCGAGGUUAUUCCUAUCCCUAGUCCUCCAGCCAAAUUCCUCCUACCAGAGAUGAACAUAUCAGACUAUGGGAAGAAGUGUGUAGUGAUCGACUUGGAUGAGACAUUGGUACACAGCUCAUUCAAGCCCAUUAGCAAUGCUGACUUCAUAGUCCCGGUGGAGAUAGAUGGCACAGUUCAUCAGGUGUACGUGCUGAAGAGACCUCAUGUGGAUGAGUUCCUGCAGAAGAUGGGAGAGUUGUUUGAAUGUGUUCUCUUCACGGCUAGUCUCGCAAAGUAUGCUGACCCUGUGGCGGAUCUUCUGGACCAAUGGGGUGUGUUCCGAGCCCGUCUGUUCCGGGAGUCAUGUGUGUUUCACCGGGGGAACUAUGUUAAGGACCUAAGCAGGCUGGGUAGAGAGCUCAGUAACGUCAUCAUACUGGACAACUCUCCUGCCUCCUACAUCUUCCACCCCGAGAACGCUGUGCCGGUCCAGUCGUGGUUUGAUGAUCUGAGCGACACAGAGCUACAGGACCUGCUGCCCUUCUUCGAGGGCCUGAGCAGAGAGGAAGAGGUGUAUGGUGUGUUGCAGAACCUCCGGGGCAGGUAGCACCAGGGUAACCCCAUCUUCCUCUUUUCUCUCUCUCUCUCUCUCUCUCUCUCUUUCUUUCUUUCUCACUCUGCCUCUUUAACGACACACCAUCGCUCAGGCUUAGACAGAUUUCCCGGCCUCCGGCCCCUAGGGGCAACCUGGAGUCACACUGUGGAUUGUAGUGUGUAACCCAACACCAGACACCCCAAACAGUACACCUCUCUCCGCUAUGGUAUCCUCUCCUAGAGGCUGGGGGCUCACUGUAGUCAGAGUGGAGAAUACUCCAACUCCCAUGGAGCACAGUGGCGGAACCAGGAAGCUCGACUGUGACAUCAUCGGUUAGAAGAUUUGUAUGGAGCGGCAGAAUGCGUUUUUGAUUUGAGGGAAUGGACGCAAAGGAAGAAACUCUAGUCUUGUGUUGUGACACCGACUAACAGGCAGAGUUGUUACUUUUAACCAAAAAUCUAUAUUUUGUGUGGAAAUGUUUUUUUGUUUUGUUUGUUGUUGUGAAGAUAACCGAUAAAUUCAGUCUUGAGUAUUAGGUCCUUGUAUUGUUGCUAUGCAUCAGGCAGUGUCUGGUAGUUUGAAAGGACUGUGAUUUACUGUUUUCCCUUUCUUACCGAAUGAAGUGCCUUGUUUGAAUGUGGUUAUGAGGAGAUAUUUUGUACAUGGCAUAUUUUCAGAAUACUUCUUUAGUCUUUUUAUUGAAUUCUGUCUAUACUUUAAAAUGGAGACCGCUAUGAUUCUUUAUAACAAAACACUGUUGUUAUUUUAGGAGGUUGUCCUACCUUGUAUUUGGUUACACGUUAUAUUCUCUUCUUUUUGACACCAUAUAAGCGUUUUAUUUUCUCUUUAUCUUGCAGUCUUCACUAUACCUUAGAAUAGUGUAUUAUGGUUCAUUUGUUUUAAGAAGCAAAGGAAUAUGUAACUUUCUACAUAGCAAUUAGGAUGCAUUUUGGGAAAAACAUCCUGAACCAUAGUUGAAUUUGUGCCAACAUUUCUCAAUGUAUUUAUUUUAUU